AUAUUGUGGUUAAUUAAGAAAAAUGAAGUGAAAAAAAAAAAGUUAACUAGAGUUGGGGUUUGUUAAAAGGUUUAGAGUGUGUUAGUAAACAAGAGAAAUAUAAUUAAGGGCGUUCAAUAGCUUUUUUGUAAUUAAUUUGCUUUUAACAGUCAAGAACAUAAUACAAAGAAAGCUACCCCUUAUACACAGAAGAAUCAAAACUAGUACAUACUGAUCAAGAACUCUCUCUCUCUCUCCUCAUCUCUUUCUCUCUCCUCUCUCUCUCACACACAAAAACACACACACAGAGAAAAACUGUGUACAUGGUGUGCUUAAAUUAGCCAAAGAAUUAAAGGUAGGGAUAUAUAGGGUACCCCUUUUCCUUUAUCUCACUACUCCCCCUUCAGUUAAAGCUACCGGAAUUCCUUCUGUUUUUUUCCAUGGUUAAAGCAGGUUUUAUUUAUACCCCUCUCUCUCUCUCUCUCUCUCUCUCUCUCUCUCUCUCUCUCUCUCUCUCUCUCUAUAGUUCUUGAAGAUUAUCUAUUUGUGUGAUUCUUUUAAAGAAAUAAAUUCUGGGUUAUUUAAAAGAUUGAAUUUUUAUUUGAGGGUUUUACUGUAUAUUUAAUUUAUUCCAAGAAUUUCUUUUUCUUGAUCGAUCAUGCACUGUAUACUAUAUUUGCAUAUCAGUACUGCCGAAUCUUGAUUUUGGUCUUCUUCUUUAAUUUUAUGCUUUCCGAUCCCAACUACAUAUGAUACACAAAUUAUUUAUUUUUUGAUCAUUUUAUUAAUUCCAGAAAGUGUGUGUACAUAUAUAUAAUAUAUAUACCUAGAUGAUUGAUCAAGGGCCUGUUUGGCUUCUUGGUGUAUAUAGAUGAGAAUUUGAAAUUAGGACAACAAGAAUCUGGGAUUAAGGUUUUCUUUGCAUCCUUAAUUAAUCUUUUGUUUUUUUUAUGCGGCGGCGAUCGAUAUAUAUAUACAUAUAGAGGCGUACAUACGAAGGAAGAAAAAAAGGAGUUUAUUAAUAAUUUGUUCGAGAAAUGAAUAAGAGUAAUCAGCUGGGAUCUGUGAGCAGUUCUGAUCUCAUAGAUGCAAAGCUUGAAGAGCAUCAAUUAUGCGGAUCCAAACACUGCCCUGGUUGCGGUCACAAACUCGAAGGAAAACCGGAUUGGGUAGGUUUACCGGCGGGAGUGAAAUUCGAUCCGACGGACCAAGAGUUGAUAGAGCACCUAGAAGCGAAAGUCGAAGGCAAAGAAUCGAAAUCGAAAUCUCAUCCGUUGAUCGAUGAAUUCAUCCCCACCAUUGAAGGUGAAGAUGGGAUUUGCUACACUCAUCCUGAAAAACUCCCAGGAGUAACGAGGGAUGGAUUGAGCAGGCAUUUUUUCCACCGGCCGUCGAAAGCAUACACCACCGGCACAAGGAAGCGGAGAAAAAUCCAGACGGAAUGCGACCUCCAAGGCGGCGAGACACGGUGGCACAAGACCGGAAAAACCAGGCCGGUGAUGGUCAACGGCAAGCAGAAAGGCUGCAAGAAAAUCCUCGUCCUCUACACCAACUUCGGCAAAAAUCGAAAACCCGAAAAAACCAAUUGGGUUAUGCACCAGUACCACCUCGGCCAGCACGAAGAGGAGAGAGAAGGCGAGCUCGUCGUCUCCAAAAUCUUCUACCAGACCCAGCCCCGCCAGUGCAACUGGUCCUCCUCCGACCGCGGCGCCGCCGCCGCCUCCGCCGCCGGAGAGGGAAAUAGCACCGACCGUCCUAGGGACACCGGCGGCGGUUCUAAUUCUAAGGAAAUUGUCAUCGCACAGAGAGAUGAUUUCUCGGCCGCCGCCGCCGCCGUCAAUAUUGGUGGUGGUCCGGCGGCCAUUCAGGGUUUCGGCGGUAUUGAUAUCCGCCAACUGAAAGCUGAUCAGUUCAGCUUUCUUCCCUUCAGAAAAUCAUUCGAUGAGGCGGGGGGGAAUAUUGGGGAGGCUUCAAUAGCAAGGGAAGUGGUGGGAGGAGGGGGCACGUGCGAAGAGCGUGAGAUGGGACAGCAUCACGUGACGAGUGAGCAUGAAAUGGGACAGCAUCACGUGACCCACGAUCCACGUCAGCAUCACCAGCACCAGCACCACCAUCAUCAAAUUGCAGCAGCAGCGGCGUAUCACAUAAGCAGACCGUCGCACUCGAUCUCCGCCAUAAUAGCGCCACCACUACACCACCACACAUCCUCCAUUAAUAUUCUUGACCAAGAUCACUCCUUCAAUGUGGGACCCACUAUUAUGCUCCCUAAUGAAAAUUUCCAGCAACAACAUCAGCAGCAACAACAUCAUAAACUCGGAGGAAGAUCUGCGUCUGGAUUGGAAGAACUAAUCAUGGGAUGCACAUCAAAUAAUGAUAUCAAAGAAGAAUCAUCAAUGGCGGGAAACCCUCAGGAAGCAGAAUGGUUGAAGUACUCGAAUUUCUGGCCCGACCCGGACAACCCGGAUCAUCAUGGAUAGCAAACACAAACCGUACUGUACAGCACAAGAUCAGAUUAUUCAGACAGUACUUCCACACACACAAAAAUCAACACUACCUUUUUUAAUCAUUGCCCAGUUCAAGAAGCCUUUGCUCAACUUGUUUUCUUCUCCAAAAAAAAAACUAAGUGCUGAGGGGACCAUUUGAUCAUCAAAUAUAUUUUUUCGUUUUU